ACAGGCGUCCGGGACACUUUUCAGGCAUAAUGCCUGGAGUCGCAAGACGAGCUGAAAAAGGAGCCAGGCACUGAAGGACAAAGCGUUGUUGACUUUCCUCAUCUGUGUUUCCCAGUGCGGUCCAAUUCACGGUGGUUUCCAAGCGCCUCCUGGAGGAGAAAACACAUGAGGGUGCGGUCAGGGUUCUCUGCUGACAGACUUACCUUGGGGAAGAAAGAGAAGCUCUGAAGAUGGAUCAUGGCCGUGACUGCACGUCAAGGAGAAUCUCCUUGAUGACACUGAGGCCCACGUCGAGAUAGACUAAAUGUGGUCCAAUUAAAAGGUGUCUAUUUUACCACAUUUUUUAAAAACAAAACAAAACAAAACAAAACAAAAAGAUGGAAAAGAAGACAGGGGUACAGGCACCAGUGUUACAUGUCUGACGGGGAGCAUCUAUUCUUCAAAGCUUGCAGCUGUACACGUAGGUUUUAGAAUGUCUGUCAGCAGUGGACAUGAUGUUAGAGUGGGCUGUGCAGAUAGACCUUUCCAGGUCACGUAAUUGGAUUAAGUUAAUUGCAAUUAAGGUACAGGUAACUGAUUAGGUUAGGGUACGUUCCAUGUCAGGUGACCAGAGGCAGUAUAAAAGGCAGCCUGGAAAGCAGAGGUCCCUCUCCGCCCCUUCCUCCGUCGUCCUGGAUGCUGCAUCGCUUCCAGCGGGGCUGCUCCAGCACCUGCCCAUCUCAGCGCCAGCCGGGGAAAGCAAGUAGACGCGUAAUUUCAGGUGACCCAACAGUCAACCCCUGAAAAAGGCGGUCACAAAACCCCCAGGCGACGAAGAUGAUGGCACGUCGGGACCCCAAAUCUUGGGCCAAGAGACUGGUGAGAGCCCAGACCCUCCAGAAGCAGCGGAGGGCCCCAGUUGGGCCAAGGGCUCCCCCGCCCGAUGAAGAAGAUCCCAGGCUCAAGUGCAAAAACUGCGGGGCCUUUGGCCACACGGCCAGAAGUACCAGGUGCCCCAUGAAGUGCUGGAAGGCAGCCCUGGUUCCAGCGACCUUGGGGAAAAAGGAAGGGAAGGAAAACCUGAAACCAUGGAAGCCCCAGGUUGAAGCCAACCCGGGGCCCUUGAACAAGGAUAAGGGAGAGAAGGAAGAGAGACCAAGGCAACAAGACCCGCAGAGGAAGGCUCUCCUCCACAUAUUUUCUGGGAAACCUCCAGAGAAGCCGCUGCCGAAUCGAAAAGGAUCCACGGAAUCUUCUGAUUAUCUGAGGGUUGCAAGCGGGCCAAUGCCGGUCCACACAACCAGUAAGAGGCCGCGCCUGGGCCCUGUCCUCGCUGAUCGCUCAGCUACCGAAACGUCUGACAGGGGCUCCGUCUUGGCUUCGCCGUCUCCCCUCAGAAAAGCCAGUCUGAGCUCCUCCUCAAGUCUUGGACCAAAGGAAAGACAGACAGGGGCUGCGGCCGACAUCCCUCAGCCUGCAGUCAGGCAGCAGGGCCCCGAGCCUCUCCUCGUGGUGAAGCCGACACACAGCAGCCCUGAGGGUGGCUGCCGAGAAGUUCCCCAGGCUGCCUCCAAAACCCACGGCCUGCUCCAGGCCAUCAGACCCCAGGCACAGGACAAACGUCCUGCGGUGACCUCACAGCCCUGCCCGCCAGCCGCUACACACAGCUUGGGCCUAGGCUCCAAUCUCAGCUUCGGGCCAGGAGCCAAGAGACCUGCCCAGGCUCGGAUUCAGGCUUGCCUGAACUUCCCCAAGAAACCGAGGCUGGGUCCCUUCCAGAUCCCCGAAAGCGCCAUCCAGGGAGGUGAGCUGGGGGCCCCGGAGAAUCUCCAACCUCCGCCAGCCGCAACCGAACUUGGACCAAGUACGUCGCCCCAGAUGGGCAGGAGGACACCCGCCCAGGUGCCCAGCGUCGACCGGCAGCCUCCGCACAGCAGACCUUGCCUGCCUACUGCCCAGGCCUGCACCAUGUCCCAUCACCCAGCGGCCAGCCAUGAUGGGGCCCAGCCUCUCACAGUGCUCUUCCGGAGACUGGAAAACGGACGCUGGAGCUCCAGCCUCCUGGCGGCCCCCUCAUUUCACUCUCCUGAGAAGCCGGGAGCCUUCCUCGCUCAGAGCCCUCAUGUGUCAGAGAAGUCUGAGGGUCCCCGUGUUCGUGUCCCACCGAGCGUCCUCUAUGAGGACCUUCAGGUUUCCUCCUCCUCAGAGGACAGCGAUUCUGACCUGGAGUGAGACUGCAGGUGGCAGGGGCUCCUUGGCCUCCAGCUCCCGUGACUUGGAGGGGACUGUGGGACUGAGGAGUGCAGAGCAGAGAGCAGACUCUGUGCGGUGACUCCGAAGCUCCCCGGCUGUGGCGCUUCUGUGGAUGUGGGAGCCCAGGCCAGGCAGGGAGCAGAUGCAGGGACUCUGCCUCAUUGAAUUCUGGUGAGGGACGUUGUAGUUCGCGUGGUUCUCCGGAAACGCGCCAGGAAAAGCUUCCGUGCCAGAGAUUCGUUGCCUCAGAAACUGCGUGACGCGCAGGAGUCAGACUUCCGCUGGGACGUCAAUAGGAAACUGGGGAAUUACUGUGUAUUUGCUCUCUAGAUGACUGAAUAAGGGAAAAGUUAGGGAACCCUGAGAGGUGCAGCCCUUCCGCUGUGCCCCGCCCUGAGAGCAGUGUUUCGGACGCUGGGAAGCGUGCUGUGCAGAGCGCUCUCGGGGUCUUUCCUCAGCCUCGAAAACUGGGCUGUGGAAUGCCUUUGUACAUGUGUGUGUUUAAUUGGUUUUGAAGUGAAUAAAAUUCUCAAAAA